UGGAGCCAUGAGUUGGCACUUUCACACAACACAGAAAUUCCAUUUCUUGAUGAAGGCUUUGUAGUCUUACAACUAUUUUCACUCGACAUUCGAUAAUUUCACAAUACAACAAGCCCAGUUGACGAAUAUUCAAUUCACAAUAACCUUUUAUUAUCUGUGGAUGGUGCGAAGCUGCACUUGGUUGGAGUUAAUACAACUCGCAGCAUCGCAAAAACCAACGCAAUUCACGACAAUUACUACGAAAACGUAUCAAUCAUGCCUGUCAUCGCCUCUUAUGUCUCCUCUCAUCUCAAACGCGCCGCAAUUGCGUCUCUUUCUUCCGACGAUGCACCCUCUGUGCCUAGUAUCAUCACCAGAACCCUCACAGCACGCGAUGGAGUCGGCACGGUAGAUCCCUCUAGUGGUGUUACGCCUUUCGAGAAUGUUCCCAACAAAUUCGUCUUCAUAGUCCUUGGAUUAAUUGGUGCUGGCUUCGUUAUUACUGGUAUAUGGUUCUUCUUCAUCGCCAAGAAUGGUGGAUUUGUCUUUCAUGAAAAUGAUUGGGAUGAUUAUAAGUCUACCGUCUUGAGACGUAAAGGUCCUAAUGGUACUACACUUUCUGGAGGAUCAGAAGCCACGGAUCUUGGAGGUGGCAGUAUAGUGCAUGGAGAAAAGAAGAGGAGUACAUGGGGAAGGAAGAAUAAGAAGAGUAAGAAGGGGGGAAGUGGUAUGGAGAGGUCAAGAUAUAAGGACUACGAUGAGGAAGAAAGUUCGCUUGGCACACAAAGUGAGCUUACUUACAGCGAAAUGAGCGAGGUCAAUUAUCCGAGAAGGGAGAAGAAAAACAAGAAGAGUAGACUCCGUGGAGGUGAUUUGGGAGAUGUACCGGAAUCCGAAUAUGGCGAUGAUGUUGCAGACCUUCGAGCAUACCGACAUGAGAAACCAGCACGAGUUGGUGGCAUGAACAGGGAGAGCGAGUCUAGUAUCUGGGAAGGAUCUACCAAUGCUGAAGGCUCGACUGUCUCCGACGGACUUAUACAAAACCAGGAGAGAACACCAGAGAACCCCCCCGAAAGGCCAAGGAAGAGUAACAAGAGCAACAACAAAGACCACUACAAGAUUCGAAAGGUUGUCGGUACAGUUCAAGGCCCACGCCCUUCGACAAAGGAUAAUGGCGGAAAUUCGACUUUCUGGAAUAGACAAAACACCACCAAGAAGAGUUCAAGACAGAGCGAAGCUGAUUCAAGCAUAACGGACGACGAAAGAAUCAAAGCCGAAGCCAAGAAACUCCAGGAUAAGGGAAGAGCUGCUCAACGUAGAGAUUUCAGUUUCCGCGUUGGAGACGAUAAUAGCUCCGCGGCUGGAUCUUCUCUCAUAUCAGCUCGUGACGCAGCCGCGGUGAGAGAACAGGAGCGCCAUGAACGAGAAGCGAGACGCGCUAGACGUGAAGCUAGAAAACAAAGUAGAAGUCAAGCACAUUUGGCUCCACCUGCUUAUUCGGCCGCGGAAUCAAGUGUGGGUGGAAGUGAAUUGACUAGUGUACGAGAGGAUAGUGAAGUUAAUGGCGAUACUGGUCAUAAGAGUUAUCCUUGUUUUAUCCCGGGGUUGAGUAGUGAAAGAGGAAAUGAAACGGAUUACACAGAGGAUAGGAGGAAGAAGAGAAAUGGUGGGUAUAGGAGGGAGUAAUAAAUCUGGGAAAAUGAUGAUGGGAUGGAUGGAUAUGCUGUAUGAUUGAGUUUAGGAUGGACGAAGGGAAACGGAAACGAAAACUGGUCAGCAGAUACUGGCAUGAAAUACCAUACGAUGUUAUGUAUGUGGUGGUCGGAGCACGGAUGAGUGGAUAGACGGAUGGUGGAUGAACGGGUCGGAACUGUGGAUAUAAUGGAGAUGAACGAUUUCAUAAUGAGACAUGGUUUUCUUUUUCUUUACUAUAAGGAGUUUAUAUCAUAUGGCUACGGCCAAUUUAGGAUUUAUAAAUGUAUAAAAAUUAUAAGUUAGAUCGCAAGCAAUUAUAUGGGUAUAGUGAAUAAAUAGGGUUGAUUUUAU